AUGGAGGAGCGCGGCGAUGCCGAGCCGACCCCGGGUUGCAGCGGUCUGGGCCCGGGCGGCCCUCGCAGCGGCGGCGGCGCCCACUCCUGGGCCCCCGAGGACGCCUGGAUAGGCAUCCACCCAAAGUAUUUAGAAAUGAUGGAAUUAGACGUAGGAGAUGCCACCCAAGUUUAUAUAGCAUUCUUGGUUUACCUGGACCUCAUGGAGAGUAAAAGCUGGCAUGAAGUAAACUGUGUGGGAUUACCAGAUCUCCAGCUCAUCUGCCUUGUUGGUACCGAGAUAGAAGGAGAAGGGUUACAGACUGUGGUGCCUACACCCAUCAGUGCUUCCCUCAGCCAUAACAGGAUAAGGGAGAUAUUGAAGGCGUCUUGAAAAUUGCAAGGUGAUCCAGACUUGCCGAUGUCUUUUACUUUGGCCAUAGUGGAGUCCGAUUCCACAAUAGUCUAUUAUAAACUCACUGAUGGAUUUAUGCUGCCAGACCCUCAGAAUAUUUCCCUUAGAAGAUGACACCUCUACCUCCCGACGCUUACUUUAUUCAUACAAGACUGGAUUUGAGACCCAUCAACCUGCUUAAUCUUUUAUCUCAGAGGUAGUCAGGGUUGACGUAGCUGGUCCCAUUCCAUACGUUUUUUUCUAAAGAAUAUAACUUUCUUUAGAAGAAUUUUGUUGUUGUUCAAAAAUAUAGCGUAGUUGCUGUAGAACUUUCUUACCUGGAAACCGUUCAAUUACAGUUGUAUACAGGUUUAUGCCUAGGAUGUGUUAAGGGGAGUGACACAUUUCUUCAUCCUGCACUUACAGCUGCCUCACUGUUCGUUGCUUCCAAUGCCAGCACAUAGUUGAGGCUGUCACCUCUGUCCCUUAGUCAGCCCUCUCAGUGCCUUUGGCUAUGGCAGCCAGUCUGGAGUGGCCUUUUGUAUACACCUGGUCACCUGGAGAGUUUACUUCGUCUGCUUUUUCAUCUCCAAUAGAAAGAGAGAAAAAAAUUCUUUCAGUUGUUUUUAGUGUUGCAAUUACCGUUACUUCCCUCUUGGUUAACUUUAAAUAGAAACUGAAACAAUGCUCUUCUAGGGUGUAAGCUCACAUGUCUAGAUUUAUAGGGACCAGAGAAAUGCUACCUAUCGGAGUACUGAGGCUUCCUUUCCUUCUUAUUCCCACCACCCUUACUAUGUCACAGUAGACCAUCACCAGAGAAACACUGGGGGACAGUGUCAGCCUUAAAAACAGCUUUAUGAAUUAGACCCAGUUAUUCCACUUUUGUCAUAAUCUAUUCCAUUUAAGGUGCCUAAAGUGUAAAUUAUUA